UGGUUGCUAGAUCAUGGAAAUAUUUUAAAAAGAUAUUUAUAAGCAUAGAAAUAAAUCCAGCCUGUGUGUCAAAUAUUUAUAACAAGCCUGAAUAAGAGGAAGACUCUGUUGGCCUCAAGUGAUACAAGUAGCUAUUUUCCCUUAGAAAGCUGUGGUGAAACCAUCUUCUAGGCUCAUCAUUAUUCUGUGUUUAUUCACAGAUACGCAAUAGUUUGAUCUAACAGGACAAAAGUGGCAGAUUCAUGAUCCUGAGGUCCAGCCCUCUGAAUGACUAAAGAUGGUAUGUGUUUGAAAAAGACACCAAGAAGCUCUACUGGCUCCGAAAAACUCAUCUAAAGUCCAAAAGAAAAAAAAAUCAACAUGUUCAGAAAACAGCUUCAAACUUUCAGCUUAUGUCCAUCAAACAGAAUCAUGGGAACAUUUUAAAAGAAACUUUUUCCUUCUUCUGGCAAUGUCAGCAUUUUCCAGGAGAUUUGCUAUUAAAAUGCUGACUUGUCCUCUGCACAUCUGUGCUGGAGAAAUGGCUCUUACUAAGCCCACGAAGUGAGGAAAUGUUUCUGUUGGGAGUAGUAGCAGAAGUGCUGCUGGUUCUGGGGUUGGUGUGGGAGUCGGAUUCGCUUUGCUCACCCACUGCUUUUUACAAAAACUGUUGGAUCCGACGCUUCCCAGGUUUGCUGAUUGAUCUGGAGGAAUCUCAGAAAUGGGGAGCUCAGGUUCUGAAGAUUUACACAGAAAUCACAGCCCAACAGUGCAGCAGAGCCUGCUGCCUUCUGAAGAAUGAUUCCUGUAACUUGGCUGUUUUCUAUUAUGAAACUAUCCAUCAGAACUUUAACUGCCUGCAUAUUUAUUGUCCAUCACUGGAGAGCUGCAUAGUGCAGGCUAGAAGAAAUGUCAUUUUGUACAACAUUACAACAGGGACUGAUCCAGAUCUUCUUGUUUUUGAGAAAUUGUCUUAUAAGGAUCUGAAUACCCGUUCUUCAUUCAACAAAUAUGAAAGACAAAACCACUCAAAGGUCGCUGAUUCAGAAAGUUGCCAGCACGAUAACAUCACAUCAGGUUCACUUCUACCUGAAUCUUCAUCUUCUACCACGAGCCAAGGUUUGGUAGCAGUAAAUAGUUACAUCCACGGCACAAGAGGCCUGGUCCAAACACCUGAACUGUCCACAGACUCAUGGACAAGAUCUUCACCAGUGGCUGAUCCUUUUGCUAAGGAAAAAGAUGUAAGUUCAGCAAGUACAGGUUUGACAACCAGUUUGGACAAAAAGCCUGUAUACUCUACCUUGAUGUCUGUAUCUGCUAAGCUGUUAUCCCAUAAACCUAGUCCCGCUCGUCUGAACAACAGUAAGCAGAACUUGAAUGAAACCAAAGGUUACAGCGGCAGAAACUACACUUCAGAAAAUGAUGACCACAGACCUGCCUGGGUGGUAAUGGCUACUGGUGCCUGGUUGAUGCCUAUAGUGCUUUGUUCUUCUCUCAUUUUCCUUUGCUGCUGUACUGUUUUUUUGGCAGCAGGGUGCUGCAGAAGGAGGAGAGGUCACUAUAGGCCGGUGCGGAGAAGAGAAGUAGAGUCUAGACAGUUUAUGAAAUACACCAUUGUAAAAGAUCGCUUGUAAUACAAAAUACUGGAACCGUAAUAAGGAACUUAUUAAUGUGUAUCACCCUUGUAUUGAAGAAAUAAGCAGCAGCUUUUCUUGGUGAAACACAUCACACCACUUAUUUCAAGGUGUGUUCUUAAACUGAUUUCCAAAUAACAUUUGGCAGAUGGUUUCAGCUUCUUUUGGCUGUACUGUAACUGUGUAUUGUCUUCAGCAAUACAGUUCUUUUUAGUAGCCAAUUCUCCAAAGAUCUGUAGGGCCAAAUUCUUAUCAGAAGUAUAUGACCACAACUCCGCUCAGGAUUAUUCUGUUUAUAAUUUGGCCCAGAGUAGUUUAUACACAGUUAUGUUAGAAUCCUUUCCUAACCUCCCUCUAAAGACAACAGGUCUGACUCUUGGCUGCCGUAUUUCCUAAAACUCUGGCAAAGCAAGCAUAAUGCAUCUAACUCAGAAGAAAAGCAUUUUACAUCUAUUAUGCACAAGAAAUCAUGGAAUACAAAAGUGUAGGGCUAUAGAAAAUCAGGUCUAAUUGCUUUAGGAUCAUUCAUUUCUGAAUAACAUUGAAAACUAAGAACACCAGAAGUCAGACUUCUGAGAAAAGGACUGGUCCUUCUUGUCAAUUUCUGAGCUUCUACUUCUUAAUGAUUGAGGUGAUGAGGCUUCUGGUUUCUUUUAGACAUUUUUAUUAGGAUACAUAUCCUGAUACUUUGCCUAUAUUUCCCUUUGCCCAGUACAGCAUUUUCAAGGACCAGUGCCUUUCAGGAGACAUCUUGCCCCAAGAUGACUGGCUCCUUCCUGCCCUGGAUGGCAAGCUGCCUCCAUCCCUUUCCAAGUUAACCCUUCCCAAACCAAUAAAUAGCCUUUUAUAUAGCUAAAGCUCUUCUUCAUAGUGCAAAUGUCACAACACCCCAAAAAUCUUCACUCUUAACAAAUUGACUGAGGCUUUUAACAACACAGCAAAGUUGUUUUUUUGUCUGGGGUUACCUUUGGUUUAGUGUUUUUCUUAGCAACUUUUGCUUCUGUUCUCAGAUUAAACCCUAUGCUGUAUUUUUUGCCUUUCCUCUAACACUAGGAUUAUGUGGUUUUACCAAAUGCUUUGCUCAUGAAGCACUGUUGCCUUCCAUCACCCUACAUGCAAGCUUCCAAUGCACUGUAAAAAAAGCAGGUCAGUUCAAGACCUGUCAUCUUGUUGCCAGGUUGACACCCUGCGGAUGCUAAUCUUC